GGACAGCGUCGAUCUGUAGUAAUUCUGGCUGCGGUCUCUGACGUCUCAAGCGAUUUUUUGAUUAAGCUCGGAAGAAUAUUUUUACUUGAUCAAUUCAAUUUUUUUUCUCCAUUGGAAAAUCCCUUCGGAAUGUGUCGUUGUAGUUGUUACUCCAUUGCGAUGACUAUCAUAAUUCAUAAAAUAUAGUAAAUGGAAUGUGUCGAGAAAGUGAAUCCUUUAAAUGUGUCCGUAAAAAAGUUAAGGUUCUUUUUUAAUUUUUCGUUUUUGGAAUAGUUAUGGGAAAUCAAUCGACGAAGCAUCAUCUUCAUACCACUGGCGGUGGACCGAAACCGAAAAAAUUCGUUCAUUGGAAAUCGGCAGAGCGACCCUUUCCUCCUGGUCGUCCAAUUUUAAUACCUCUUUCGGAUCAACAACCGGACGUUAUUGCUUUGAAAUGGAAUCGGCCACCAUCAGACGGUGGAUCACCGAUCAUAGGAUACAUAAUUGAACAUCGACGAACAGGAUCACCCCAUUGGGUACGUGCAACACCAGGUCUAGUCCCAAAGAAUGAGAUUUCAAUAAGUGGACUUGAGCCCGGAUGGCGCUAUCAGUUCCGUGUGAUUGCUGAAAAUGUGAUAGGAAAGUCUGAUCCCAGUGAACUCUCCGAUCCGCUUACAGUAACACUGCAAAGAAAUGCAAUUAGUGUUCCGAGGUUCAUUGAUGAACUCCUGGACACGACUGCUGUAGAGAACGACAGGAUAGAGAUGCGAGUAACUUUCAUUGGUCAUCCGCUGCCAGAGAUAAAUUGGUUUAAAGAUGGCUUCGAAAUUUUUAGUAGUAGACGAACGAAAAUUCUGAAUGAUAACGACUCUAGUACAUUGGUCAUACACCAGGCUGCGUUUACGGAUGAGGGUGAGAUUAAGUGUACAGCAACGAACAGGGCAGGGCAUGUGGUAACCAAGGCCCGAUUAAUUAUUGAAGCUCCACCAAAGAUUCGGUUACCACGCCAGUAUGAAGAUGGACUGAUUUUCGAAGCUGAAGAAGUUGUCCGUCUCAAAGUAGGAGUUGCAGGCCAACCAAUACCAACGGUGAUGUGGUGUCAUGAAGGAGAAAAAAUAAAUGCUGGGGAAAGAUUUGAAAUUGAAACUACCGACAAGAAUACAUCCUUGAAGAUAACCAAUAUUAAGCGGGCCGAUCGAGGAGAAUACAGUGUGAAAGCUACAAAUAAGUUAGGAGACGAUGUUGCAGCUUUUCUCGUUACUGUCACCUCUAGGCCAACUCCACCUGGAAAAGUUAAGUUACAAAUGUCGUUUGGUCGAUCUGCGACUUUGAACUGGGAGGCUCCUUCGGAUGAUGGUGGUUGUAAAAUAGGAAAUUAUAUCAUUGAAUAUUUCCGAAUAGGGUGGAAUGUUUGGCUUAAAGCUGCCACAACGAGAAAGCAAACCGUCACUUUGCAUGACUUGAUCGAAGGCUCUGAAUACAGGUUUCGUGUAAAAGCCGAAAAUCCUUACGGUCUCAGCGAUCCAAGUGCAGAGUCAGAUGUUCUCUUCAUACCUGAUCCUUCACGUGGAAUUACUAAACCGCAACAAAUUUCAGAACUAUCACCAAAUGAAAAGCCGGUACCUCCAAAACGCAGGAAUUUAUCGCCUCUGCGAAACAUUUUAGGAAAGAAACGAGACGCCUCUCCUAACAGACAACCGUCGCCAGCUCGCAACCCAAAUUUGUUACCGGACGUUUUCGACAGUGAGGAUGUGAAGCGAGAUAUGUCUUAUGGUAUGUCGAAUGAUAUGUUGCUGACGAAGGAUUCAAAACAAAAUUCAACUAAGAAGACUAAUCAACUAGACAUCAAGGCGCAACCUUCGCGGAGCCCAAGCCCAGGACGAAAAUCUGAGGGUAAUAGUAGCCCGGCCCAGAAUAAUCCUUCAACUCUGAAACCUGAAGGAAUUAAUCAGAAAGUCCAAAACUUUUUCCGUCUGAGUCCACUGUCUGCGAGGAAAGGAAAGGUGACUGAAGAGACUCAAACCAGUCCAAGAAAUUCCCCUUCGAGGACUACAAAACCGCAAGUCAACACUGUUCAGCAAGUCCCUACUUCUCCAACUUCACCUUCCAGUCCUACUAACGUACAACGUGAUCCCCCUCAAAUACGUUUCGAUACGGCUCCUAGUCCCAUUGCACAACGUAGCAAUGAUCCACAACCUGUUCCUAGAAAUAAUGGCAACUCGGCAAAGGGGAAACUGGGAUACUCCAGUCCAGCAACCCGACGAUUUUCGGAGCCUGAACACCAACGGAUUGACGUUUUUGAUAAUACGAGGUCAAGUCCAAGUCCUACUAUGCAAGUUUCUUAUCCAAAGUCUACUAAUUUCGACCAGAGGCACAGUUUGGAAUUAGCUAGUUUUGAAGAGGAAGAAAACGUCAAUGUCUCUCCCAAGCCUCGGUUAUCAUUACCGAAUCCCAGGAUUGAAAUAAGCAAACCUAUUUCCGACUUCAGUAUGCCGACAACACCAAAGGAUAGGAAUGACGUCCAUACAAGCAGUGAAUUCAUGCUGGUUCUGUAUCCUAAUAAGAAGUCACAGGAACAAUCGAAACAAGAUUCCUUUGAACUGGACCUUGAAGAAUCACUUGCACAUCCUCAAUUAUCUCUGUCUUCACCAGACUUAGGAUCCGAUUUGCAGCAUUUACAGUUUUUGCAGAUACGUAGGUCUGCCAGUUCUACCGAACUCUUAUAUGAAAGAGCAAUGGCCAGAUUCUACGAAGCUGUCGAGUUGGAAGAAGCGGAAAAGGCUAAACGUCGCAGGACAAGUCAAGACCAUAUUUCAACUCAAAAUAAUUUGACUGUCAGAAAGCGACUUGGAUCAAUGACUGAGGCUGAGCGUCUUUCGUUUGAACGACGAAGUACAUUACGCGGGAAACUUUCAGGGGAUGUCACUCAACCCCUCAGCCUACCUGGCAACAUACCAACUAAGUGGGAUUCUAAGGAAUGCCUGAAUUUAUCGGGUCAAAGUACAUUGAAUAAAAGGCUUGGCCAGAAUAAUAAUAGCAGUUUGGAGACCCAGGACUCAGAGGAUCUUCUGUUUGAUGAAAACGAUAUUCAGAACUCUUCGGGCAGUGAAUACGGUGAAGACUACACGGAAAGCACGGCUUCAUCAGAUUCUAUUGAAAAGUUCAAAAUUGAGCUACUUGCCCGAACUCAACCACCAAAUCCUGAAUUAGAGACUUACCAUCCUGGGAGAAUGGCGGUAGGAGAGCCGUUGUCUCCCUACCGAUCACCUGAGCCGGACCAGUCGUCAGUAGUACUUAUGAAGCCAUUGCCUUUGCCAAAUCCCGACUUUGUUCCGAAGCCAAUAUUGAAAAGACCAUCAAUUGAUAACAACAUCAAAGAGUCUCAAGAGAAUAUACCAGAGACGCCUGAACCACCUUCACCUCAAGUCGAAGAAACGAAAGAAACUAAACCCAAGUUACGAGGAUUCAAGUCAUUUUUCAAGCGAGAGAAGGCUUCGUCAGAUAGUAAUGUUGCGAAAACUGACAAGCUUAGUCCAAAAGAACUAUCUCCGAAAGAUUCAUCAUCAAAAGAAUCUUCCCCGAGACAACCUUCACCACAAAAGUUAUCCCCCAGCCAUAGCUUCUCUGAAAGGUCUCCAUCUCCUAAGUAUAGUACACCCAAGGAACUGUCACCAGCAGGGUCUAUACCGUCACCAAAACAAUUAUCCCCGAAGCAGCUUUCCCCAAGAGAGUUGUCUCCUAAGGAAAUGUCACCGAAGGAAAUGUCUCCGAAAAAAGCAUCAAAGGGAUGGUUGUCACCAAAGCAACUGUCGCCGAAGUCACUUUCGCCAAAGGAACUAUCCCCAACCGGGGAAAGAACGACUCAAGAUAAGAUCAAUGCAUUUGUUCACAAACAGGACGAAAUUAACCAGAGGAUAAAUAAGCAAAGGGAGGAUCUUUUGCGGAGGAAACUAGAAUCCACCAAAAGUGCUGAAGAGGAAACUAAGGUUGUGGUAGACCAUUAUAGUCACAUUGUCCGAGAGAUGGGAAACUUUAGAAAAGACAAAACUCCGAUUUAUUUGCGAGGUAAUGAUUUCGGCAAAGCUGGAGAUGAUGAGGAAAGGCGUCCUAGCAUUGAUCUCACGGAAACUGAAAGGCCUAGUGAUGCUGCCUUGAAACAUCGUAUGUCAAUUGCAGAACGGAUACAAACUGCUCAUGUGCAAGAGAAAAGCAAACAUGCUAUGGAACAAGCGAAAGCGAUAACUGGUGAAAGUCAGGAUGACAAUAAGCCACCAGACGAGCCUCAGCCAGUACCAAUUGAAGAAAAACCAGUGAAUCGAGGGCGUUCCACUGAGGUGCCGAAAAAAUUCAAAAAGCGUGGGGCAUCUGGAUCAAGAUCGCGAGAUACUUCAGCACUGAAGAUUGGGGAGAAACCCACCACUACCGCCGAGGCUACCGGAACUUCUAAGCGAACUGCAUCCCGAUCUAGGACAAGAAAUAUGUCGAAAUCUCCAGGGGCUCUUAAUAGACGUCCCUUGAAGCGUGAUCCUACUCCCGAAAUACGUCUUCCUUUAUAUGUUCCUCCUCCAGCAAUUGAAAGUCGUCCUCAGACACCGGAAGAGAUGUCGGAGGAAGCGCAGGAGAAGAUCAGAUCAACAGUGAGCUACGUAACAGAUGUGGGACUUUUUGUGGUGGCAUGCUGGGUGUAUAUAUUCAAAGAUGCAAGACUGGUUAUCCCGAUAUUGGCGUUGAUGGUUUAUAGGCAAAUUAGUGAAAUGAUACGAGACAAGGUGCCCAAUUGGGUACCGCGGAAGAAGAGCUAGUUCAAUAAUUAUUUAAGAGAAAGAAAAUUGGUUCCUUUGUUUCAUUUUAUUUCGUAUUCAAUAAUUGGGAUCUUUAAGCGUUUAGAUGGUAGAUGUAUUGUUGUGUCUUCAAAUGGUUUCAGUACAUUUAAAAAUAUGUUACACAUAUUAUCAUUACCUUAUAAAUUACUUCAUUAUAUUUGUUAUCAACAUCAUUGUGUAAUUGACGAGAAUAUAUUUAUAAACACUUUA